CUUCCCUUUCACUUUGUCUCCUCUGCUGCUGGUGCUGCUGCCUGGAAGUUGUGUUGUUUUCCACCGAGCGGGACACCCAGAGGGAAUGUGCGCGCGGUGCAGCUCCGGCGUAUAAAACGCGGCGCGCUCGCAGACGCGGUGGCAGAGGACAUGCUUGCGCAAACGUGACAGGCGGGAAGGCUGCUGCGCAACCGAGAGGAGAGUUCUUCUGCACUGAGUGUGUGUGUGUGUGUGUGUGUGUGUGUUGCAUAAUGAGGAAACGGUUCAGGUGAAGCCAACUGCUCAACUCUGGUGCAACGCAGCAGGACAUCCAGAACGACCCUCACGUGUUCCAUGGCUUCAGUCAACUGUCACAACCACGGCGGCCCCGAUCAUCUACAUGGAUGUCCUAUUCCAAAGGAAUGUGUGCGGCAGUGUUCGCUGUCAACAGAAACUGCCAGAACUUGUUCAGACUCUCCCAAGAUGCCUCGUGUCAAGAGAGAAAGAGAAAAAAUUAUCUUCUCAGCCAGACGAACCACAUCAGGCCCAGAGCCGGGUAGCGAUGCUGGCGAUGCAGCGCUACAACUCCUCGGGUAUCAUUGCCUCCUUCCCCCCCUCCAACCACACCGCCAUGGUGCAGGAGCCUGAGGUGGAGGCCGUGGCGCGCAACGCCACCCUGCCCCCGAGCAACCCCACCGCCGCGGGCCUCACCAUGACUCUGGGCAUCCUGUUCAACGUGGUGGCCCUGAUCAUCCUCGCCAAGGCCUACAACCGCUUCCGUCGCCGGUCCAAGGCCACGUUCCUGCUCUUUGCCAGCUCCCUGGUGGCCACGGACCUGGCUGGACAUGUCAUCCCCGGGGCCCUCGUGCUGAGAAUAUACUCUGCGGGCUCUGGGUCCACGCCUGAUGCUGCCUCCAGCUCCAGGGGCGACCCCGAUGCCUCUUGUCUCUUCCUGGGAGGAUGCAUGGUGUUCUUCGGCCUGUGCCCACUUUUCCUGGGUUGUGCCAUGGCUGCCGAGCGUUGCUUGGGCGUCACAAGGCCUCUGCUGCACGCACGUCUGGUGACCACGGCGCGGACGAAAAUGGCACUGACCCUCAUCUGGCUACUGGCUCUGUGCGUGGCCCUCCUGCCCUUCUUCAGCCUGGGUGCCUACACCUAUCAGUACCCAUGGACGUGGUGCUUCAUCAGGGUGAUGGAGGACACUAAAGCCACGGAUCUGGCCUUCGUGAUGCUGUUCUCUGGGCUGGCGUUGAGCUCUCUGGCCGCGGCCUUUGUGUGCAACACCAUCAGCGGGAUCACACUAGUGAGAGCCCGGUUAAAGAAGAGGUCGUGCUCCCAACGCCGCUCCGCCAGGUCUCAUGACACGGAGAUGGUGGUGCAGCUGGUUGGCAUUAUGGUCACAUCCUGCAUCUGCUGGAGCCCUCUGCUGAUCUUUGGAGUGAUGUCAGCCACGCGCUCCUACAGUGGCUCCCUGAGCAGCGACCGAGACACGUACAGGGGGCUGAUGGUGACGGGCGUCAGGAUGGCAACCUGUAACCAGAUCCUGGACCCUUGGGUCUACAUCCUGCUACGCCGGGCCAUCCUCAGGAAGAUCUACCGCAUCACCAAAAAGCAGGCCAGUUUCAAGGGAAGCACUUUUCGCUCCACCCGCUGGGAUGUCAGCUCCUUUCAGAACUCGGAGAAAAACAGCGCUAAUAAGAUUUAAGGGCGGCAGAAAGGGAAAAUGGCAUCUCUCUCUCUCUCUCUCUCUGUUGAAGGGGAUGCUCGGUCACUUGCCACCUGGAUCAGGACUGAACCUGGCAGCUUCCAGUCUUAAAAAAUCCCAGAUGGAACAGAGAUCGCUUUCUCUGCAUGUGGGAAUGAGGCCACCUUUGUUUGUACAGUAUGUAUAAAGUGGUUCAAAAUUGGAAACGAGUCAGUGUUACGCUACCAAAGGGAAAAACGCCCCAACUUAUUAUAAACUGCUAAUGAUGUGUGUAUCAUAAUGCAACAUGGCUCGUAUAGUGGACAUGUUUGCACGGCAGCCUGCCCUCUAUGAGAGCAGAUGUAAAUAUAAACGUGGGAAGCAGUGCGAUGAGUAAAGACUGUAUCGCGUCUUACGGCAAACAUCUCCUGUCAAACGUAUUUGUCCGUAAAUGUACUUUUUGUUUUCUUCAAUGACACAAUGUAGAAGUCAGUGACUAGAUGCUCAAUGACUGAUUGCUCACACUAGAGAGCAAAAGAAAAGGCUGUGCUCUUACCUCAGCUUGAAGAUGUGAAAAACGUGUGUGCGUGUGUGCGUCUGUGUGUGUGUGUGUGUGUGUGUGUGUGUACAUGCGUGUGUGUCAAGUGUGAAGCUGUGAUAUGCGAGUGUGUGUGUAUCUUUGUUGUGUGUUUUUGAAUGCUGCCACAGUAUUUCUCCUGAAUGUCUGGGGACUGAAGUGAAACUAAAAAGCUAAUUAAAAAAGGUGAAUGUAAGAUUACAUAAUAAAUGUUUUGUGUUAAUGUUUCA